AGCGUUGCGGGGUUACCGGGGGUCCCUAUGAGGCUCCCCUCGUCCCGUCCCGUCCGCCUUGUUCUCGGCGGCAUCCGCUGGGCAGCCCCAGGGUUGUGCGGUGAAACCGGCCCGGCCGUGUCUGGGGCGGGACGCAGACGGGGCUGGAGCCUGAGGGUGGCGGGGCGGGACGGCUGAGGGGGCCGAGACACCCCGGGCCUGUCCUGCUUUGCCCUGCCCGGUUGUCCGGCCAAGGGUGACAGGGACAGGAAGGAGGCUGCGGUCACUGCCCUCAGCUGACCCCCGGAAGCAGGCACUGUAAAUCCUGGAUCCUCUGUUCCCAUGGCUGGGUGCUGAGGAGCUGCCUGAUGACCUAAGGACAUGCUGAUGCUGUUUUGCCAGAAGACAGAUGGGCAAAAGGUACUUCUGUGACUACUGUGACAGGUCCUUCCAGGACAACCUGCACAACAGGAAGAAACACCUCAAUGGAGUGCAGCAUCUUCGGGCCAAGAGAGUCUGGUACGACUUAUUCCGAGAUGCUGCUGCUAUCCUGCAGGAAGAGCAAACCAAGAAACCUUGUCGGAAGUUUCUGCAAACAGGACAGUGUGAUUUUGGGUCCAACUGCAGAUUUUCCCACAUGACAGAGCAGGACCUGGAGAAGCUGAGUGCCCAGGUUCAAGGGGAGAAGAGGCUGAAAGAGCUGCAGAGGGAGGGAGCAGAUAUCCCACCCGGCACCAUUGAGGACUGGCUGGACAAGAGAGCCCAGAAGCUGAACGCAGCUCAGAGUAGCAGCAGCCGCAGUGAUCCGUCGCCUCUGCGGCAGAGCAGGGACACGGCUGGGACCCCGCUCCGGCAUCCCGCCUGCUCCGGCAUCCCACCUGCUCCGGCAUCCUGCCUGCUCCGGGAUCCUGCCUGCUCUGGGAUCGGGAGCUGCCAUUCCAAACCUGCCCCAAGAAAUCCGUUCUGCCGAUUCCCAUUAAAAUUAAUUGAGCAGCUUUGAAACGCUGAGUUUGGGGGAUGGCGUUAUUCCUUUUAUCUAAUUUUUUCUUUUACAUUAUUGUAUUUUCUGGCAAAUUAAAUUGUCCUUUUCUUCUU